CAUAAAGUUUACUUCAAAAUGAUGGAAGGUAGUCAGAUCCAACAAAGGUAUAAAAAAAGAUCAUUUACGGGCAGCAGAAGGCCUAUUCUAGUCACAACAAGAAGGAGAACGACACAGGAUCUUUCAAUCUUCCAUGAGGGAAAAGAUGUAACACCGAAACAAUUAAAUCCGGAUGUUUAUUCCGAAGGCAAAGAAAGACAAAUUAGCGUUUAUGAAAUUGGUGAACGAUAUUCCGAAUACAAGAUAACAGAGAGUGUAUCAUUAGCUAUUACGAGAUCCCAGUCAACAGUACGCUUUAAGCAUGAAUUGGACAAACAGCACCACCAGAGUUCUAUUCAGUACAAAGGAAGUAUACCGUUUGAUGCAAGCGACUACUACCUUGGCAUUUUUAUGAUACCUGAAAGUCAUUCUGAUAUCCGUUCUAGUAGUACCAUAGAAGAAGACCUUAAGCCAGUUCAAACCAUGAAACCUAUGCCUACAACUAUCAGUCUGAUAUUAAAAGAGACGCCUACGUUUUUUGUGCUGGAUUUGCCAAGUUGUACAGCCAUUAAAGAUACAGAUGAAGGAACCCAAGUCCAGGAGGACAACGCGCUAUAUGAGCAUCUUACAGUCGGUAAAGGCCGCAAUAGAAAAAUAUUAAACGCCGAAUCCCAAACAGUGCCAGUGGUUAUGAAAACCCGCACUACUUCUUGCGUAAAAACAAAAACAAUAGAUGGCACUGCUUUCGCUUCUGCCUGGGACAUGUACGACACGUUUCAAGAUGUCCAAGAAGAAUCUGAAGAGAGUGAGACUUCCGAUGAAAGCGAUUAUGAGUUAAAUAAUAACGACGAAUCACCCUCUAUAGACAGCUACAAAUUGCCAGCAGACGAAAAACAAAUGAAUAAACUAAUGAAAAAUCCCAGAUUUCAAGAAGCUCUAUGCGUUACGGAAAGAUUGUUGGCGAAUAACUGUUUUAAUGAACAACAAAAAAUAUUCAGAGGUUUGACAGUUCCUGAUCCAUUUAGAGAGAAUAUUGAGUAUAACUACCGAUUGAAGUUGCUAUGGACUUUUGGAAACAAUGAUACAGUUGGUCUUGCGGUAAACGCAUUCAGUUGGAAUCCCAAAAAUAAAGACCUGCUGGCAGUUGGAUACGGCAAGUUCUUCUUCCACGACACCUUAACAGGCCUAGUCUUGAUAUGGAACAUAAAAAAUCCAGUCCAGCCGGAAAGAAAGUAUAGCUUCGCAGAACCUGUCACUACUUUAGAUUUUUCGAACAGCAAUCCAGUACUGCUAGCGGUAGGAUUCUAUAACGGGUCUGUAAAGGUUAUUAAUAUAUCCAAUAGAGACGUUACCAUUAUCGGCGAGAAUGUACCUACGUUUGAGCCGGUAUGGAGUAUCAUUUGGCAAUUUGGUAGGAACGAAAAGAGGAACGAAGAAAUGGUGAUGGCGACGUUCGAUGAUGGAAGGAUUUGUGCUUAUUCUGUACAAAGGAAACUAGAGAUGAGCCAGUUAAUGAGGGUAGGUAAAGCAGAUGGAAAGCUUAAAGGUUAUGAUGCAAUGAAAAAAUGUACAAGUUUAACAAUCCCUGUUUCAAGAUAUGCUGCAGCCCUCUUCAUGAGGUUUCAUCCUAUAGAUCCCAGUAUUUACUUCGUCGGAACCAACGAGGGCACCAUCCAUAGAUGCUCGUUGAACUACCUAAGUCAACAUUUGGACCUCUUCCUUGCUCACGAAGGUUCAGUCCAUGAGCUAAAAUUUUCUCCGUUCUGCAAACGUAUGUACGCAACAUGCGGAGAUGAUUGGCACACCAGAAUUUGGGGAGAAGGUAUAGCAGAGCCAAUUCUUUCGUUUGCUGCCAUGCAAACUGUUCAAGGACUUGACUGGAGUCCGACGCAUUCGACUAUAUUGGUGACCAUUCGUGCUCAGUUCAUUGAGGUUUGGGAUCUCCAAAGAAAAGUGUACGAGCCCCAAUCUAUAACGAGUCUACCAUGUAACGAGAGAUGUACAGUUGUUCAAUUUACUGAAUCUGGAAGAUGUUUGGUUGUAGGUGAUGUUAAUGGGCACGUUCAUGUUUUUUCUUUUGAAGAUAUGCCGUUUGAACCAUUUUUUCAAGAAAAUUUAUUGUUCGAUUCUCUAUCGAGAGCGUUGAUCACAGAACCUCAAUUAUUAUCAAAUAUUAAAAAACUGCGCAGAAUGGCUCGAGAUGACGAAUAGCUAAAUGUCUGAUAAUGGCCGAAGAGAGAACUCUAACAAAUAUAGAUAGGCCAUGGGAACUACAAAUUCGAUAAUAAUGUACAAUUCAUCAACGAAAUAACGUAAAACUUUUAUUAAUUAUAUUUAGGUUAUUUAUUGAAUUUUUUAUAAAUACAAUAUUAAGGAACA